UCGUACACCGAUACACUAGUGUAUUGAGAUAAGUAGGGAAUGAAGGAAACAAUUAGUUAAAUUAAUAAAAUAGAGGUGAAAUUAAUUAGUGUCUUAAUUCAUCAUACUAUAAGAAGUCAAUUUUGGGCCUUGGGUUUGCGGAGUCCAUUGGACCAUCCCUCUAUGUAUGGCCCAGUCUACAAGUGUUGGGUGAGUACUUGCAUGUCCCAAAAAAAUUAAAAAAAAAAACCUCGAAAGGAGGAGCGAAAAAGACAGACCAAGUUUGAAACCGAGUCAAGCUCCAUAAACUCAGAUCCCGAACAGAAGACAGACAGAAACCCCACCACCAAAAAUGAAGCAAAUCUUAGUUCAACUGAGUCAACUCGUUCUUCUUCUUCUUCUGCUACUUGUUGGCUGCUCUGUUCCCACAACAACGGCCAGAAACCAACGGCCAGGAUUUCUCUUCACAAGAACAACAGGAAGAUGCACUCCUCAGUAUUGGGGGAGCAGGAGGGAGGCGUGGCCGAAGAUGGUCCCACAAACAUCGACAGUGUCAAAGAUGUUUGGAUCAAGAGCAUAUGAGCGUUACAGAUCCGAUUUGACAUUGCUUGAAGCGACGGUCAGGAAUGACGAGGAGAACGUUUACCCUAGGCUGCUGAAGCAGGCGAGUGCAGCACUGGUGAACUCUUAUGCAAGAAAAGGGUAUCCUUACACAGCUUGGGAGGUCAAGACUCUUUUGAUCCAAGCUUUGGUGUCUGAGAAAGCAGCUGCCCUUCAAGCCCAGCACUUUUCUACUGCCAAUGAGGCUUGUCAUUAGCAUUAGCAAGCAACCCUUGUCGCCCUCUUUAUGUUUCAAGCGAUAUUCUAUUUUAAUGAAAAUUCAAACAUAAGUGUAGAACUAGAGCAUGCUGCUCUAAUUAACUUGACUACAUUAUGAUUUUAUUUGUAUGGACGUUAAUACUAGUAGAAUACUUCAUUCUUAAGAGCGAUA